AUGGCUCUUUUUCCGCAAGCCUGUCCGAGCUGUUCUGUGCUUUCUGUAGGAUCAAGAUGUUCCCGGCCUGGGUCUUCAUUCGAUUCCAAUCCUUCACUGCCGAUGGGCUCCAACCCAACUCUGAGAAGUGCAAGAAGUGCAAGAAGUCCGGGGUCUAGCAGAUCCCCUCUGUUUACAGCAGCCACAACUGGACUGCCCUUAUUGGCAGCUGCACUUUGGAGGCGACGCGCACGAGCACGAAGUUCAAUUGUUGGCUUUGCUGCCAAUAUCAAUCUGGAGGCAGGUGAGAAAGUUGUUGGGAUCGACCUGGGCACCACCAACUCUGCAGUGGCAGCCCUAGAAGCGGGAAAGGCUACAGUCAUUCCUGGGGCCGAUGGUGGUCGAACCACGCCCAGCGUUGUUGCAUACAGCAAGACUGGGGAAAUGUUGGUUGGACAAAAAGCCAAGCGGCAGGCGGUGGUGAAUCCAGGUAACACUUUUUCGUCCGUGAAGCGUUUCAUUGGACGAUUGAGGAGUGAAGUAGAAGAGGAAGCUGCUGAGGUUUCCUACAGAGUAGCAGACCCCUCAGAUGUGCUCGGAGUCCGGAUACAUUGUCCUUACCUGGAGAAAGAACUCGCGCCAGAGGAAAUUUCUGCGCAAGUACUGAGAAGACUUGCAUCUGAUGCUGCAACGUACCUGUCAGCUGAUGUAAAAAAAGCUGUGAUCACAGUGCCAGCUUACUUUAAUGACUCUCAGCGACAGGCCACAAAAGAUGCUGGGGCGAUUGCAGGUCUUGAAGUGCUACGAAUAGUUAAUGAACCCACUGCCGCUUCUUUGGCCUAUGGCCUCGAGAUGCGAGAGAAUGAGACGAUCUUGGUAUUUGAUUUGGGUGGAGGCACCUUUGAUGUAUCAGUUCUGGUUGUUGGAGGCGGAGUUUGUGAAGUGCUUGCCACCAGUGGUGACACAAAGCUGGGCGGUGACAACUUUGACAAAUGCAUAGUUGAUUGGCUGGCGAACAAGUUCGCAUCCCGGGAGAGCAUAGAUCUUCGGAAUGAUCCACAGAGCUUGCAACGCCUGACAGAGGCUGCUGAAAAGGCCAAGAUAGAGCUCUCAAGCUUACUCUUCACAACGAUUUCUCUGCCCUUCAUAGCUGUUGACGACUAUGGCUCUCCUCUUCAGCUUGAGGAGGAGCUCAGUCGAAAGGAGUUCGAGAGCAUUUGCGCUCCGUUGCUGGAAAGACUAAAGGACCCUGUGCAGAAAGCGCUCAAAGAUGCUGGCUUAAGAUACCAGGAUCUGGAUGAGGUGGUGCUUGUUGGUGGUUCAACAAGAAUGUGUGCUGUACAAGAGCUUGUCCGCAAAUUAGUUGGUGGCAAGGAGUUGAAUCAGAGUGUGAAUCCUGAUGAAGUGGUUGCUAUGGGAGCGGCAGUUCAAGCUGGAGUUCUCGCAGGGGAAGUUAAGGACCUGGUGCUGCUUGAUGUGAUUCCCUUAUCUCUAGGAGUGGCUACUCAUGAUGGCCUCAGCUCAGUUUUCCUUCCCCGGAACACUCGUGUGCCAGUGAGGAAGACCAAGGUUUUCUCCACAGCCAAGGACAACCAGUCACUAGUGACUGUAGAGGUUGUUCAGGGCGAAUUCAAGAGAGCUUCAGAGAACAAAGAGCUUGGAGUGUUUCUUUUGGAAGGAAUUGGCGCAGCUCCAGCGGGAAUCCCUCAAAUUGAGGUGACAUUUGAUGUGGACAGCAAUGGAAUCCUCAGCGUUUGUGCCAUGGACAAAGCAACACGUCAGGAGAAACAAGUCACCAUCUCCGGAUCUUCGACACUGGCUCCAGAAGAUGUGCAAGAAAAAGUGAAGGAGGCCCGCCAGAAAGCUGAGGAGGAAGCUGCAUAUGUAGCAGUGACCAUGGUGAAGAACGAUGCAGAAUCAGCUGCAUUUGCAGUUGAGCGGCUCUUGAGGGAUCAAUCCAAGAAGCUGAAACCAGCCAAGGUUGAGGUCCUUGAAUCAAAGCUUCUCCUGGCGAGAGACCUGCUAAAAGAAGAGCCAGUCAACACUGAACUUCUGAAGGAGGUCACCGAGGAUCUUCGUACAGAAGUCAGGGACAUCGUCAAGCGCAAGGUUGAGGAAGCUUAUGAUGUAGAACAAGGCUUUGUGGCCGGAGAGGAGGGUGAAGAGAAGAAGCGAAAGCGAGCAGCUUUGUAG